UCCGGCCGCGAGCGCGCCCUCCGCUCCUUCGCCGCCUCCGCCUCGUCAUGGCUCUCCCUCCUACUCCGCGACCCCUCCGCCUGCGGCUGCUCCCCUGCUGCAGCCGCCACGGCCACACGCGUCACUGUUGCCGGCAAGCGUGACACGCUCGAUGGCGAGCGCGCGCGGGGGAGCAGCCCGAAGCGGCACCGCGGCAGGGACCGCUGCUACAGGGAGAAGAGGAGGGCGAUGACACCUGCCAUGGUGGCCGUGUUAAGGGAGUCCUUGAGGGAGGUGUGCAGCUUGGAUGAUGUGAAGGAGAGGAUGGGCAAGUACAUGAGCACGGAGGCGUGCGAGGAGGUGCUCAUCAUGAUGUGCCAAAUUUGUAAGAACAUUGAUGAGAGAAGACUGAAGAUGAAAGCCCAUUGCCCAAUUGUUACUGAUCUUAGGCUGAAAGAGAAUGCAACUAGAAUUUUCUUGUGUUACAAUCCAGAGUGGCUCAGGGUAGGCCUGCAUAUUGUUCUUGGGGGUGAUUGCUUGCUACAGAGUGGAUCUUGGAAACGGGACAAGGAGGUUCACUUUCUGAAACUUCUUCUGGAGAAGCAAUUGUUUGGUCAAAAUGGGACAGGCUAUACUGAAACAUUGGGCAACAUUAUACUGAAAAGAAUGUUUCUGCUCGUCGCUGCUCUAGAUAGGGCGAAAAUGGAAAGAACCCUACCUCUCAAAUUUGGAAUUGAUAGCCUUGACGGUGGAUCCCCUCCAUUGUUUUGUCACCGAGCCAACAUAAAAUCUAGCCAGCAAAUUAUUCAGAAGUCUUUGGCUGAGGCCAUGCAUGGAGAAGGUGAUCUCCUGGUGCAUCUGUCAAUCAUGGGCUACAAACUGAAUUAUCAACAGCUUGCGCUGUCAGAGUAUGAUUUCACUAUAGGAAACUUAUUUGAAGAUCUCCAUGAUGGCAUAAUCCUUUGUAGAGUUGUUCAGCUCCUGCUUUCUGACGCAUCGAUUAUUUUGAAAGUGAUUGCUCCAUCAGAUACACAUAAAAAGAAAUUACAGAAUUGCACCACGGCUAUCCAGUAUAUCAAGCAAGCCGGGGUUCCAAUAUCUGAUGCAGAUGGAGUCACAAUUUCAGCAGAAGAUAUUGCUAAUGGCGACAAGGAACUAAUUCUUUCGUUGCUAUGGAAUAUGUUCAUUCAUAUGCAGUUACCCUUGGUAGUAAAUAAAACUUCACUGGCUCGUGAACUAUCCAGGUUAAAAGCACUGGCGGUGGAACAACCAAUCUCUGUGACCAAGUCGCACAUGGGCUUGCUUUACGAUUGGAUUCAGGUGGUGUGCGCAAAAUGUGGCUUAAGUGUGGAAAGUUCUCAGAUUGACAGGAGAGCACUGAACUACUUCAUAAAUCACUAUUUGAACAUUAGCAUUCAUACGUGUCCCCUAAAGAAAACAUUUUCUGAUUGUCGAAAGGAAUUGUUCAGUUGCCAUGAACAGACUGCCACUGCUAUCUCCAGCUGUCCAUCAAGCAAAAUAGAAGAUCUUGGAGACUUUCUUCAGGAUUUUCCAGCUAGUGGCAUCUUAGCCAAUGAUGUAUUAUUCGAUGAGAAGGGUGCAAUAAUUUUGAUUGCGUUCCUUUGUUCACAUCUGACUAAUGAUAAAAGAUUGGAACAACUACGGAAUUCGAUCAGUGGAAGAUUGGACUGCCAACGCCUGGAGAAUAGAGUUUCUGCUAGGCUUAGAUCUCCGGGAAAGAAUGAUGUGAAGUAUCAAUCCCCUCAGACAGAGAAGGCUGCUACAAUUAUACAAGCUCAAAUCCGACGGAUAAUUGCAAAGAACCGAUAUCAUAAGCUUAAGAGGUCAAUAUCUAUCCUGCAAGGUGCUAUAAGAGCAUGGUCAUUUGUUAACAUGACAAGGAAAUCUAGCUGUCUAACUGCCGCCUCGCCUACCCACGCGCGAGCAUAUGGAAGCUACAGCAGAUAUUUAAUUUUCAUAUUAGAAAGGCAUAGAUUUGUGCGAAUGAGAAGAUCUACCAUUGUGAUUCAGCAGGCUGUAAGGAUUUGGAUUGGGGAAAGAAAGAGAUCUGAGAACAUUGAGCCUUUUGAAAGCCAUGAGUUCUUGGAAACUACAGCUUCGCCGAAAACUGAUUGCAUAGAAAUGUGCGAUGGUGAGCAUGAGACAACACCUUGCAAGGAUUUGGGUAUCUUGGUAACUUCUGCUGCCCCUCAAUGCCUUGAUGAGAGUAACCAUAUAGAUACAGUCACUAUUGUGCAGCUUCAUGUCAAAAACAGCAACUAUGUAACUUCUCCUAGUCCUCAUCAGAGUAUCAUUAAGAGUGGUUCUGUAGAUUCCGUCAGCCAUCAGCCAUGUGAGAUUGAGACUGACAGCAUAGCAUCAGCCACUAGACUUGCGUGCGAGGCUGAUGUGGACUGUGGAAGCAAUAUUUCUUGUGGAGCUUCAUUCCAGCAUGAACAUCCUGUAUCUGCCCAGCUCGAUUUCUCACUUCGCAAAGACAUAAUGGCUGUUCAAAAGAUACAAUUUGCAUAUAGAAGAUUUGUACACAAUAGAUCCUCAAGAAUAUAUGCUGCAACCAAAAUCCAGAGCCACUGGCGUGGUUUCACGAUGCGGAUGUGUUUCACAAAGCAAGUUGAAGCUAUCACUGUAAUCCAAUCUGUAGCCAGACACAACUUGUGUAGCUGGGCCUUUCAGCGGUUUCACAAUGCUGCACUAGACAUUCAGCGUAUUGCCAGAGGAGGUUUCGCAAGAAAGCGACUAUUAGGUUCUUCACUGCAAACCUACACUAGCCUUGUUAGCCUUGACCAAAGUCAGCAUAAAAGAUCUCACCAGAGUACUGAACUCAAAAUUGUGUUGUACUCAACCUUAAGGCUACAAAGAUGGUGGAGGAAGGUCCUAUUGCACCAGUCUAUCAAACUAUCAGCAAUCUCAAUUCAAUCAUCAGUUCGUGGUUGGUUGGCUCGGAAACAAGUCAAACGAAUUACUUGCUGCGUCCACGUCAUUCAAAGAUGGUGGAGAAAUGUUAUGUUUCUUGAAUCAAGGAAAAGAGCUGCGACUACUAUUCAAUCCCAUGUUCGUGGUUGGAUAGCACGACAAUCUGCUAUUAGAAAAAAGAAGUCUAUAACUAUUAUUCAGUCAUUCGUCAAAGCAUACCAUGUGAGGAAAGCUUCAAAGGAAGAAGUUGUUUACAUAAGGUCUAGAAUUCAGAAGGCUUCUGCACAAGUUGAUGAUGGCAUGCGCCUGAUCAAUAGACUAAUUGCUGCGCUGUCACAAAUCACUGGAUGUAGGAGCAUCAGCAGUAUUCGACAAACUUGCACGACAUUAAGUAUUGCUACAGAGCUUUCCGAGAAGUGUUGUGAGACACUUGUUGAUGCCGGUGCUGUAGACAUUCUGCUGAAGCAAAUCCCUCGACUUAACCGAGGGAUCCCUGACCAGGAAGUUUUGAAGCAAGUACUCUACACACUGCGGAACAUUGCGCGGUUCCCAAAUGUUCGACCAGUGUUAGCUAACAAUCCACAGUUGGUUAACACUAUUUUCCAGGAGCUGCUGCGGAACAAAACGGACAUGUUUUUCAUCGCAUGUGGAAUUUUGAUGAAGCUGUGCGAGUCGGAAGAAGGGCGUGGAUUCGCCGGGGCCCUGCGGCACCACAUAAGAGGGCUGGGCAGUAUGGUGCGAGGCCUUGAGAAGAAGGUGGAGCUCGACAAGAGAAAUGGUCGUACCGGAGCUCGUAAGGAGGACAAUUUGCGGCGGCUCGGGGAGGCUGCGGCCCUUUACCAUCUUCUCACCGAUAAAUGAUGGAUAAGAUGUGGUUUGUAGCCCUUGGUUUCUGGAACCGGAAGUGAUUGUAGUCCAAAGGUAGAUCUUGUGGACAGACGUGAUGAAACUUACUGUGUGCCCGUCAGUCGUGGUAAUAUGUGGUAAACUAUCAGAGUUGUGCAACGGAGCAUCAGCUUGAUGUAUGUGACAAUGGUUUGUUUGACCUUA